AUGAAAGACGAGAUAAUCAACCUGGAUAGGGUUUUAAAGGAGAGCCACAAGUUGAUAUCUACUGCCUCAAGGGAAGCAAACGAGAUAAUCGCACUGAUUGGAAACACAGGAUGCGGCAAAAGUGCUCUGGUCAAGUUUUUAAACAAGGACGAAUCACUGAAAAUCAUUGAGAACGCUCAAGAUGAAUGCAUCUUUGUAGACUCGGAGGAAACCAUCAGUGGAAUCGGUUCUGAAAGCUUUGAAUCGAAAACUCUUCUUCCCAACGUUGUUAAAGACGAAAAAACUGGAUGCACGAUCGUCGACUGCGCCGGCUUCAAUGAUACCAGGAGCAGCGAGACGGACUUUGUUGCGUCCUUCAUGAAUAACGAGUAUCUAAAGAUGGCUAAGAGGAUCAAGAUCGUCAUCGUCGAGAAUAUCGACAAUUUUAAACUGAACCUGAGCAGGGACGCGUUCGUGAAAAACCUGAUGCAAAUUUCUCAGCUUCUUAAAUCCAAUUACACGUUCCUACAAACUUCCAUUUGCGUCAUUGCAACUAAGGUGGACUCAACAAAAUCAGACGAAACUGAGAUUAUAAAUGUUCAAAGAUUUAUGGAUGAACUGAAGAAAUUCAUUUACGAGAAGUCUGGCAAAGAAGCCGACUUUGGAGACGACAACUGUCUGAGAGCUUUGAAAAUCAUCAGUUACCUGGAGGACGGUCGCAUUGGUAUCCUUCGGAGGCCAUCAAAGGUCGCAGAUGAACCGUGGGAAUUAGACGAAUUGAAACAAAACCUCAUCGACCUGAGGAGACUGAUUUUUGAAAAACUGCAGUAUGCGGACAAUGCAUGUGACAAAUUCAAUAUCACCGUGGCGCCAACGACUUAUCUUUGGAUAAACAGAAAUCUGAUUGAUGAAUCAUAUAUCGCGUUAAAAUCGUCACUCAAUCCCAUCAUCGGAGGUUUGAAGAAGAGCGUUAACGAAAAACUGCACAACGUAGAAGGAACACUGAAGGAGAAAAUAUCAAGCGUGAUCGCAGUCGGAAGAGAAAUCGUCGCAAUGCUUGAAAAUGUCAAGUGUGAAGAAGACGUCAUAUCUUGGAGCCGCACACACGCUAAACCGGAGGAAGCCGAAGAGCUCUUUUUUUGUAUGAACAAAUUGAAAUUCAUCUACGGAGUUGUUGGCAAGAACGAACAGAAGAUUGGAGACCUCAUUGUUGGACUAAACGGCCAACGCAAAAUCCUGAUUGAGAAAACCGCUAACGUCGUGGAAUUCCAUGAGAUGGUUGUUGACUUUUUUAAAGAAACUCGUCGGCAUGAGGUGCUUUUGAAGAAAGAUGAAAUUCUAGAACGCAUCGAUUCUAUGAACGUCACCAACGUCAGAACGGAAAUUUUGAAUCUUUGUGGAUCCAUUGGGCUAAACGAGGAAAUUACAAAACGAGCGCUAAACAUAAAGGAGAUCAGUGCCUCUCAUUUGGACAAUUUCAAAUGUUAUUCGAGAAAAAGUUUCAAUGAUGACUUGUCUAUCUCCCAGCAAAAAAACAUUUGCAUUAUCCGUGGCAAAUACAUCCUUUUGAGCCAGCAGCAGGAAUUCCUGCAGAGGAAUCGCCAACAGAGACGCCAAAUGGUGUUGGAAGCGACCCAAACUCUCUUUAUUGACUGUGACCUAACUCUGGAAAAUACUCAUCUGGUUCUGGUAGCACCACUCAUUGAAAUCGUCAAAGAAAAAAGGCUGAUCAAGCUCUUGGGAGAAAACGGCACUCAACAUGCAGAAACAAAAGCCAAAUCGUCCAAAAACGACACCCCAGGAGCAGAUGGUCUUGAUGGAAAUCCAGGAUUCAGUUCUGGAAAUUGUAAAAUAAUUGCUCUGGAUGUACGCAACCCUAAACUCCUGGAAAUUCACUCGCAAGGAGGCGACGGCAGCGACGGCCAGGAUGGAGGGGAUGGCAACAGCAUUUCAAGCGCUAUUCCUAUUUUCGAAGGAUACCAAGCAGAAAAUCAAAUCUUUGAGACGGAUGAAUUUCUCAGAAACAUUCGGCAAAACUACCACGACGUUAAAAUUGAAGGUGCUACAAAGUCGACGUACAAGGCAGGCGAUGAUCUUUCAUUCUUUCACCUGCGCCUCGAAAAUCAUCCUGAUCCUGAAUUGAAGCCCUCAGAUGGCGGAAAAGGUGGUGAUGCUGGACCGUCAGCAGCGGCUGGAAAAGUGGAAGUGCGUGUAAAAAACAUAUCAGCCAAAUAUCAAGUAGCUAUAAUCCCCCAAGACGGGAAAAAUGGAAAUGCGGGAAAAGGAGGUUUAGGCGGGGAAGCCAGAGGAAUGUACCGAACAUACAACUGCGCAGUCCUCCCUUACCAGAGAGAGCAGGAGGAAGCAGUGAAUCCAGAAACAAUAACUCAAGUAGCCACUGGCAUAUCUCAAGUAGCAGCGGCCGGGACCGCCGCCUUAGCCACUGUACCGAUGUACCAAAUGUUAGCAAUUGCAGCUAAUGUUGUAGCAGUACCAGUGAUUUCAUGGAUCGCUUCAUCUCUGACUGGUACUAAGACUGUCUCAUGCUGGAAAGUACAAAACAUUAACGAGGUCGUGCAAUCAGGAGAAUGUGUGCUAUCCAAAUCCCGCGAUGGGGCAGAUGGCCAAUCCGGCCCUGAUAAUUCAGAUCAACGAUAUAAAUUCACGGACAGUCUGCUCUCCUCUGAAGAUAUUAAGCAAGAUUUUGCUGCCUUUUCCGCCAAACAUGGAUAUGAAGAUGAGGAAGACUAUCAGCAGUUAAUCCAAUUUUGGACAUUUUAAUUUUCAAUUUAAGCACCGAAAUUGUUUUUUAUUAUUCUUUAGAGUGAGUAAUAAUUUUAUAAUACACCUUUAACAACACAUAGUCGGAAUAUCUAAUUUUAAUAAUAAUUAAUAUAGAAUUGAUUAAAUAUAAAAAUUCAUAAGUUUGAAUAUGUGAUAGUUUAAUUAGAUUGUUUCUAAAUUAUUAUAAUUUAAUGCGAGCAUGGUAAAAUUGUUCAAAUUAAAUUAAGUUAAAAAAACUAAAUUAAAUUUAAUUAAAAUUAUAGCAAAAACUUGAUUUUCUGGUGUUUUGAAUCAAACAAAUUCGAUUAAAAUAAUUUAGCCGAUGCGUACACACUUUUAUUUCUAAAGUAUAUCGUUUUGCGCGUUAUCGGGCGCCCUUUCCGCUCCGAGGACAGGGAUAGAAAGCAAGCAAAAAAAGCUUGCUCCGCCGGGUGAGAUUUUUGUUCUGGAGUGGAUAGAAGUCCAAAAAUGUUUGCUACCUUCUCUUCUCCCUUUCCCAACUUCGACAGCCGCGGUUUUCCCUUGCUGCUCGCCUCGCAACAAGGAAACUUCGCCUCUCGUACCAUCAUUUUUUAUCUGUUUGCACAUCCAAGGAAGAAGGGGUUCUUUGCCUCCGACCCUUUUUCUUGUUAUGAUUUCUCCGGCACACUCGAAAACGAUUUCUUGAUAAAAUCCAGUUUAUAUUUUUCUAAUGAAUAAAUUAU